AGAUAGAAAAUAAUCUUCAUUUUCCAAAUUUCUCGCUAAGGAAGAAAUGACCACUGCGGUUCAGCUCUUCCACUCUCUCCGGUCAAUUGCUUCCCUCCCGACCGCUACAGUCCCGGCGGCCAAAAGCAGCGCUGGCGCACGAAACCAACCAGCAUCGUUGCAUGUAGUGUGCGCUUCGAGGAAGAGCCGAGAUGACGACUACCACGCCACUCUCAAAGCUCUCAACUCCAAAGGUCGCUUCCCACGAAAAUCCCUCGGCCAGCAUUACAUGUUGAAUCCUGAAAUUAACGAGCAACUGGCACGAGCGGCCAAUGUAGAAGAAGGUGACGUGGUGUUAGAAAUCGGACCGGGAACUGGUUCUUUGACCAAUGUCCUCAUAAACUCCGGCGCCACCGUUCUCGCCAUCGAAAAGGAUCCUCAUAUGGUGGAUCUUGUAAGAGAAAGAUUUGAAACCACGGACAAGUUCAAGGUAUUACAAGAGGAUUUUGUCAAAUGUCACAUUCGUUCUCAUAUUUCUCCAAUAUUGGAAAGUAGAAAGGCUUUGAACGUGAGCUUGAUUCGUGCCAAAGUAGUUUCUAACCUACCCUUCAACAUAAGUACGGAUGUAAUUAAACUACUUCUUCCUAUGGGUAAUAUUUUCUCUGAAGUUGUUCUCUUGCUUCAGGAGGAAACAGCUGUGCGGUUGGUGGAAUCGUCUUUGCGGACAUCUGAGUACCGACCCAUCAACGUCUUUGUUAAUUUUUAUUCUGAGCCUGAAUACAACUUUAGAGUCCCAAGAACAAAUUUCUUUCCUCAACCUAAUGUUGAUGCAGCUGUUGUUACAUUUAGGCUGAAACAAGCCCCAGACUAUCCUUCAGUGGCCUCCACGAAAAGCUUUUUCUCCAUGGUGCAUUCUGCAUUCAAUGGAAAACGGAAGAUGUUGAGGAGAUCUCUCCAGCACAUAUGCCCAUCUAAUGAGAUAGAAAGAGCUCUUGGAGAUGCUGGCCUUCCAACGACAUCAAGACCUGAGGAGCUCACCUUAGAUGAUUUUGUGAAGUUGUACAACAUGAUUGCAAAAGUCUAGUCCCACACAGUUCUGAAUUAUUUAGACAUUGCAAAUGGCCCUAAGAACAGCUAGUUUUGGCAAAAGCCAUUUGCCAUCGGCACAAAAUGCAGUCUUGUACACCACAUGGUUCACCUUGAAGAAGAAAAACACAAUCUAACAUGAACUCAUCAAUGGAGGACUGUGCCAUACAAGUCAUUUUGAUAUCCACGGUCUCAUCUCGAAAGCAGUGCCUCCAGCAGAAGGUAUUAUCCAGGGUAAUGAUGGUUAUGACUGCCAUAUCUUCUUUUCAAGUUCUGUUCAAACAGCUCGCCCCAUAUUCAACUCAUAUAGUUCUUUUCAAGUAGAUUCCCCCAGAUUUUACCCGUACACUUUAAUACCCAGUGUACAGAGAAAAUGUGCUUUGGAAGAGGAGCUUGUACUUUUCGCUGCUCUGUAUAUUAUAACAUCAAGUUCGGCGCUA